AUUUCCUCGUUGUCUUUCUCCAGAAUUUGCCUUCACCUUCCACUCUCUUUUUCCCUCACUCUCAACGGAACUCUCAAAAUUCAAUCAAAUUCAAAACCUCUUAUAGGGUUAGGGUUUCUCUGUAAUGCAUCGGAGCCUCUUGACUCUACAAUGGAACCAUCAAUUUACGGUCACUCUCACCCCUUGAACAUCACCGCUGAAAGUGACGACGGUUCCGGUCCCGACAACACCAUCGAAGGUCACCACCACAUUCAGUACGAAACGCACGGUCUAAAUGAUGGCGGCGUCGGCGGCGGUGUUGUUGUUGAUGAAGGCACCUCCGACGCCGUGUAUGGUCACGGCGGUGGAAACUCUGAAUUAGCUCUUCAAAGCUUUGAUGAUUCUAGUCAACUUACGCUUUCGUUUCGUGGUCAAGUUUAUGUCUUUGAUUCUGUUACUCCUGAUAAGGUUCAAUCGGUGUUGUUACUGUUGGGUGGAUGUGAAUUACCUCAAGCUGGUACGACAUGUGUGGAUGCGGUGCCUCAACAAAGUCAGAGGGGUUCAACGGAAUUUCCUACAAAAUGUAGUCUACCACAGCGAGCAGCCUCAUUAAUUAGGUUCCGGCAGAAGAGGAAAGAAAGAUGCUUUGAAAAGAAAGUUAGAUAUGGUGUACGUCAAGAAGUUGCACUCAGGAUGCACCGAAACAAGGGUCAAUUUACUUCAUCUAAGAAACAGGAUGGAGCAAAUAGUUGUGGUACAGACCAGGAUUCUGGGCAGGACGACAGUCAAUCAGUUACCUUUUGCACACAUUGUGGUAUAAGCUCUAAAUCGACCCCAAUGAUGCGGCGAGGGCCAUCUGGUCCAAGGUCACUUUGCAAUGCUUGUGGGCUUUUCUGGGCAAAUAGGGGUGCUUUGAGAGACCUUUCUAAGAGACAUCCGGAACUAUCUAUUGUACCAGCUGAGCAUGUUGAUCAAGGUAAUGGCUCCGAUUGUGGGACAGCAAUUAUCCCUGCACAUAACAAUCUUGCUGCUUUCUCUGAGAAUGAUAACCAAGCUUUGGUAGCUGAUCGUUGAGUUUUGCAGUCACAGAAAUUGCAAGAGUUGUUGAGUCUUCAUAAUUAGGUUUAUAGUAAUUCAUUCAGAUUGACCAAUAGAAUGUACAGUUAUAGCAAUGCUCUCAUUAAUUCAAGAGGUCUUUUUAUACAUGCUUGGAUCAGUGGCUUUAACUGCUGAUUUCUAUGUAUUACCUGGAAUUUGAAUUAUAACUUGAUGUUCUCUUGCAGGAACUUUAUUCUGACCUUAAAAAGCUUGCCUAUAUUAAUAAUACUUUUGAAUA